AUGAGGUCACCAACCGCUGUGACGGCCGAUGAUCACCAACGCUACCAGUACAAACCCCUUCCAACAGGAACAUCCAUCAGGGUACUCCAAAUCAAGGGUGUACAAGAGGGAAAGCUCUGCAUUUCUCUCGAGUUGAUCGAUCUUGCGGACGACCCUUUCUUCUACGCCCUAUCCUAUACUUGGGGCAACCCUCAUGCCAAUGGCGUGGACUUCACCGAGCACUUCAACGCCGUCUCGGGCGAGUACACCAGCGAGUCAAAAACCGAGACUGUUUGUCACGGAAAAAGCAUUUACAUACAGACCAACUUGGCCGAUUUUCUUCAGGAGCUCCAGAGCUCUCUCGAACAGCAAGACAGUCCCUUCCAAAUACCCCGCAGUCAUGAAUUCCGGAUCUGGGUUGACGCUGUCUGCAUCAACCAAGAUGAUCUCGAAGAGCGGGCUUUCCAGGUUCAGAUGAUGGGAGAUGUGUACCGAAAAGCGGCCCGGACAAUCAUCUGGCUGGGUCGUGGAGAUCAGUACACCACAGACGCUGUCGAGGCCAUUUCAAAAUUGGCAGCAUGUCCCCAAGACGUCUUUGUUCAAAGCAAUAUUACCCCCUUUCGCCAGCAAGAACCUGAUGUCUACACCGCGAGUGGUGUGCCCUACAUUAGUUGGAUGGAGUGGUGCAGUUUAGCCGCUUUUUUCAAAAGACAGUGGUUUUCCCGCUUGUGGAUUGUCCAGGAGGUCAUCCUCUCCCGAGAGCUCUCUCUGAUGUGCGGCAGUCACCAGAUUUGCUGGGAAGUCCUAGUGACAGCAGCACGCACCGUUGAGGCUCGCUGCAAAGUCCUGGGCUUCAGUCCCAGCACUCUCUUCAUGCAAGCUCACGAAAUUGCAGUUGCCUUGGAGCACAAUACCGUCCAGUUGGCCCGCUGGAGAGAUUUCUACUAUGGCACCUCGGCACCGGAACCACAGACCAGGAUGACUUUUGAGAACCUCAUCUACGAUACCUGGAUCUUUUCAGCCACCGAUCCCCGCGAUAAAGUCUAUGGCAUGUUUGGACUGAUGAAGACGGAUCUCAAGGCAAAGAUGGCUGUGGAUUACACCAGUCCUGUCGAGCUUGUCUAUGCACUGACGACCAAACACAUGAUCGACCAUUACUCGUCACUGCAAAUCCUGUCAUGUGUUCAAGACGCUUCUAUCAGAAGGAUCAAACCCUCCCCAUCAUGGACGCCCGAUCUCUCACUGCCAUACUUCAACAUGAUGUGCUCGAAUGGCUUCUUCUGCGCGGCUGGGCUGGAGAACAAGACACCGCAGCUUCUGCCUUCAUCGUCCUGGGACCGCCUGAAGUUGAAGGGCUGCCUAUUUGACACCAUCGUGGAGACGGGAAAUGACAGAACGAACCACGUCAAUUCCUCUGUUUUGCUUGAUCCCUCUUGGUUUGAAUUGUGCAUGUUGCUCUCGCAACCCUAUCAACAUACAGGGGAGCCACGAACAGAGGUUCUUUGGAGGACCCUGUGCGCGAACCAAACUUCUGAAUCUGUUGUCCCUGCUCCGAAGGACUAUGGGAUUCUUUUCAAAGAGUUAUUGUCAGCGAUGAUCAUGGUCAGGGCAGAGAUUGAGUCAGAGGCAUAUGCAGAGGACCAAGCCAAGCAGGAAGCCAGAGGUGAUCCUGGGCCGCCACCGGAUUGCUGCACAGGCUUUAUGGAUGCACUGGGUAAGGCUAAAGAAAAGUGGACAUUCGCCGAGUUCGACACAUUGGGCCGGGAGGAAAUCCUGCGUCAUCUCUGCCAGAGACCGAGAUUCCUGAGCUCUGAUCGGCAUGGCUGGUUGAUUUAUACUCUGACAAAACUCCAGAUCUUGGCUUCAACGGAAGACAACCCAAAUACACCAAACUGGGAGGAGCUGGAACAGUUCUUUUACAACCCAACUUAUGUCAUGAGAAGAAAGAAGGGCCAUGACAUUGUGCUCGUUCGACAAAACGAUGAGCGAUUCUCGGCUAGUUUUCAUAAGAGAUAUGGGAAGCACAAGUUGUUUCUGACGGAAAAGGGGUAUCUUGGACUGGGGCCAGCGAGCGCCAAAGUGGGAGAUGUUGUUGCGAUUCUGGCUGGUGCAGAGGGGCCUUUUAUUCUGCGCCAUGGCCAUCCAGGAUGUGACAUUGGAGAAGAAAACCAGGAGGAACGGAAAGAAAAAGAGGGAGAGAAUGAAGUGAUGAGUCUUGUGGGGCAGGCGUAUGUUCAUGGCAUCAUGAACGGUGAAGCUGUGGAGGAAGGCUUUAAGCUUCGAGAAAUCGAACUGGCUUGA